AUGACUGAAGACAAACAACUUUUCCUAUUUGGACAUACGCUUCCGGGGAACGAGAAUCUUCUGCUUGAAAAAUGCGCAGAAAAACGAAAUAAAGGCUAUUGCUCUCUUCGCCUGGAUCUACUGUUCUUCGCCGCUGAAGAUGUUUUGCAAGUUACUGCUGGUCAUAAUUAUGUUGCCUUUCUGCUCAAGGAUCAUCGAGUCUCUCGUCUUCGUUAUGAGAUUGUUGCCAACACUAUUGAAUCUUCCGCCCCAACAGAUAAAAAUGAAUCCGGCACUGGUUCAUCAACAGCUCAAGCUACCACCACUGCCGGUUCCUCUGAUCCUGCGUCAGCUUCUGCAAAUGUUGCUGCAAACGCCGCAAAUCGGACUGCCAAAAUUAGGCGAAUUAUGAUGACACGCCCAGGGACUCGUUCUGGCGGAUUUUGCCACACUGGAGUUGUGAUUGAUAGAAACCGUUCUCGACCUAUGAUUCCUGCCUCUUCCGUUCCAGAAGAUUUAAUCGUGCAAUGA